AGGCAGUACGUGAAGGCAACAUCCUCCUCGUCCCGGGUGGCGUCACAGACGCGAUGUGUCAUUUCGACGGAUAUAAUGCCGCUCGUCUCCUAUGCCGCUACCGAGCCCGUAUACCGCCUGUGAACGACCGUUAGUCCGGUUAUUCUCGUUCAUUCACAGCGCUUCAUUCAAAUAUCGCUCGCUCGGCUUCAAAUAAGGACGAGGAUGGCUUUCCCAGAGGGCAACAUGCCCCUCCUCGCGCUGACUUUGGCGCUGCUCGCCGUCGUCCUCUGCACCGCUCCGGUCGGUGCGAACGAGGACUGCCUGUGGUACGUGGAUAAAAACGGCACCUGGCACAACGGCUUCGACUGCCCUCUCAUCACGUUCUGCUGUGGGAACUGCCACCGGCGCUACUGCUGCCUGGACGCCUUCAAGAUGAUCACGGAGAGGGAGCAGAAACGCUGCAUGCUCUUCCAGUUCAGCCCCACCACUUUGGCUGGCAUCGCCUCCUCCAUCCUCCUGUUUGUGGCGAUCAUUGCGACCAUGGUCUGCUGCUUCAUGUGCUCCUGCUGUUACCUUUACCAGAGAAGGCAGCAGAGGGGCCGGACACCGUAUGAUGCCCAGCAUAUCCCCAUGGCCAGUUACCCAGUGGAGCCCAUGUAUGAUGCUUAUGGAAAACCACUGGGACCAUCUGAGUAUCUACAUUAUCCAAUGGCGCUCCAGUACCCUGGCAUGCCGCCCCAUUACCCGAUGAUGCAGCCUGGACAUUAUCCACCACACCUUAUGGAUCCCACAUACAAUCAGGCCCCUCCACCUUACUCCCCGCCUCAGUAUCCUGGUCAUUGAUGAGCUUGUCCACACACGCACGCACACACACACACACGCACACACACACACACGGUGGGAAACAACAGCAGCUGAGAGAAAGGACUGUAUCAAAAGGAGAAGGCAGCAACUCUCGCACACACUCAAAUAAACGCUACAGCCCAACUAGCGGGAGGCACUUUAAGGUUUUUAUCUCGGUUUAUAUCCAAGGUUGUCCUACUUUUCUGGAGUAUUUACGUAAGUCCAAUUCUGUUCCGCAACCCGACGCCCGAUUGCUCCCGGCGGGUUUCCCAGACGCCGGCCCAAAGUGAGGAAGUAUCUGUCUGGCGUCUCGACUCUGUGCUGCCACUUGUGCUCUGGCACACUCACCUCAACGACAGGGUCAUUACCUAACAGCAGAGGGGUCAAAAGGCAUUUACAAAAAGUUAUAAUGCACUCCCCCUUUUAUUUAUUAAAAGGGAAAAAUGGUUAACUUCCUCACCUAAAUUUGAAUACAUUGAUAACUGCCUUAGGCUACAUUACAGGUCACACGCUCUCCACACUCUCCAAAUAUGAUUACAUGAUGUCUUUAUUUCUGUAUAUGAUGGUUUUUUUCCGUAAUGUGGUAGAGGCUAAAGUGAAAAGCCAACUGCAUGUUUAAAUGAGGUGACAUCAUGGCUCAAAGGCAGUGCCAUACUGUCUUCAAUUUGCAGAUGGCCUAAAGGUUUUAUGGUACUCUUAAUUUUGUGUAAGAGGCUUUUAAUCAUCCGUUAGUUUCAACUUUGUCUCUUUUUUUUGUGUGUAUCUGACAGGACAAAUUUGUUCAUGAUAGUAUAUUAGCUGAAUCAUUCUAAUGUAACGUCUAGACGUCCGCAUGCUAACCCAGUCCAAGUUAUCUGUCCUCUCAUCCUUCUUUUCUGGUUUUAAAUGAAUUAUAAAUCUUUAGAUUACACACAUAAUGGCAGGUAGGAUGUUUUCCAGUGAAAGUCAUGUUCAAUGUUUAUUUUGUGUAACAUAUCAGGUCAGGGGAGUUGCAGGUCUUGCUGCCUGGUUAAAACAAAUUGUCCUGCCUUACCAUGAUGGAGAGAAAAAAAAGAGAUUAACUAUUUAAAUACUUAUUUUGUAAAUCUGUUCUUCAGCUGAAUAUUUUAUGAUAUUGUAACAAGUUCUUUUAAACAUAAUGUAUUGUUAUUGUAACAUAAGAUAUGAUGUUUUAUCAUUUUUGGCAUCUUUCCAUUUGGUAUUUAUUAUUAUUAUUGAGGUUACCUUUUACUGUGAAUGGGUUCUCCCCUUGUGGACUAGCGACAAAGCCAAAAAGCACUGCUGUGGAAAAAAUUGUUUUUUUCUUUAAAGUCAUAGUUUGACAUUUUGGGAAAUAUAUUUCCUAUCUAUACUGAGAGUUGCACAAGUAAAUCGGUACCAACCAGACGGGAGUGUAUCAAUCUUCUCAUCUGGAGUUGCACGAUAAGAAAGCAGAUCGAUGUGUUUCCCAUAAUGUUAAACUAUCCCUUCAAUUUUACAUUUCCAGAUUUGGGCUCCAGUGAGGUCAGGGCCUGUAACCUGGUCAGGUUUAGCAUCGUGGACAGCCCUGUGCCCUUUGUAAGAUGUAUGAACAGUUAGUUGUCUGAUGAUUAUCUUUAUUCGGGUGUAGUUUAUCUCGUGAUUAAAAAACAAACACUUAUGCUGAUUGA